GGGUGUGACUGAAGGCCUCCGCGAAAACUAUGAACCUGUGCGAGGAGUUGGACUCGGACGUUCCCUGGGACAAGGUCGUGUUAGUGGGGAAUCCAGGUGUGGGGAAAUCCACCAUAUUCCAACGGUUCAAGACGGGGCUGUUUGUGCGGGAGGAGGAGCUGACGCACCACGACAAGGCCGGCCAGGAGCACCGGAAGGUCUGGGAGGUCGGAGAUGAGGAAGUCUCUAUUACGCUGUUUGACACAGCUGGAGUGGAGCGCUUCACCCAGACCAUCCCACCCACCUACUACCGGAGGGCAAAAGUGGUUCUACUGGUCUACAGCAUGGACAACAACGAUUCAUUCCAGGCCAUCAGCAACAACUGGCUCGACAACUACGCCUCUUGCUGCGACGAUAAGUCCCUCACCGUCCUGGUGGGCAACAAGUGCGACCUGAAACACAGAUGGGAAGAGUUGGACGAGUUUGUUCCCAGAAGGAGGGCGCUCACGCUCGCUGGGAAUCGCGAGAUCGGACUUGACAUGGUGUUUGAGAUAUCGGCUCUCACGGGGAAGGGGUUUCAGGAGAUGUUUGAUGGUGUGGCUGUGAGAAUGAAAGAGCUGAUGGAUCCAAAACCACCACCCAGUGGCCAGGAAAACCUGAGCAGUCAAACAAUACAGAAGAGUGGAUGUCGAUGCUGAGUACAUUAAAAUUGUAUGCCUGCACAACAUUAUCCAUUCUGUAAAUCUGUUAUCAUACUCAUGACCAUUCUGCAUAAUUAUAGGCUACAUGUUUUCACUUUCAUAACAUAUUCAUUGCUACAAAAUACAUAGUUGUUUGCCGGC